AUGGCAUCAUCGUACCAGUACAGCAACUCGUACUACGAUACCGAACAGCCACGACGCCAGCAACGCUCCAGCGAGGGCACCGUCAGCACCACCAUGAGCUCAUCAACGGGCCGCGAGUCGGCGGGGACUCACAUGACGGAGGCGCCUACCUACUCCAAGAAGAUUGUCGUCGUCGGCGACGGCGGCUGCGGCAAGACCUGCCUGCUCAUCAGCUACAGCCAAGGCUAUUUCCCCGAGAAAUACGUCCCUACCGUCUUCGAAAACUACAUCACAUACCCUACCCAUCCGCCCACCGGUAAGACUGUGGAGCUUGCAUUGUGGGAUACCGCCGGCCAAGAAGAAUAUGACCGUCUCCGACCACUCUCGUACCCGGAGACUGAUCUCAUCUUUGUCUGCUUCGCCAUCGACUGCCCCAACUCACUAGACAAUGUGCUAGACAAGUGGUAUCCCGAGGUCCUUCACUUCUGUCCCUACACUCCUCUCGUCCUAGUCGCCCUCAAGUCGGAUCUCCGCUACAAGAGGACCUGUAUAGACAUGCUCAAGACCCAGGGUCUUACUCCCGUCACUACAGAGCAAGGCAUGGCAGUGGCCAAGAAGAUGAGCGCCCAGUACAUGGAGUGCAGUAGCAAGGAGAUGCGCGGAGUCGAUGAGAUCUUUGAGCGAGCCAUUCUCACCGUUGUCGCCAACGACCGAAAAACCAUGGAAGCUUCCGCGGCUUCCGGUUCAAACCACGAAGGGAGGUCAUCGCUUCCUGGCGUUGGAGUCGUCAAGAGGAAGAAGAGAAAGUGCCAAUUCCUCUAA